ACUCCCCUUCCCCCCAUUCUUAGCUGUCUGAGUGCACGUCUCCUGGCCUCAGUUUCCCCUUCUGGACAGGGAGAGGUGGAUUAUGACUAGGUCCCCAGUCACGGGGCACACGUGUUACAGCCAUACUUAUGUCCGGUCAUUGAUUCCAGCCUGUGGACAGGCCUCCUUCAGUGGCCACUGCCCCAUCUAUGGCGUCGCCAGCUGGAAUGACUCCCUCGCCCUGACGAGCGUCUCUGCCCCGUCCCUCUGCUACUUUGUGGCUGGCGUGGCCGGCCUCCUGGCCCUCUACUGCCUCCUGCUCUUGUUCUACUGGACAUACAGCAGCUUCCUGGAAGAUGCCCACAGAAGUCCCCUCGGCCUGCGCGUCUCUCUGGGCUUGUCGGCCGUGGGCACCUUCCUGGUGCUGGUGUCCUCGUGCAUCCUCCGGUUUGGCACCAGUUCCCUCUGUGCCUCCAUCAUGAGCCUUAAAAUCGUGAACUGCUGCUCUGAUGCUCAGAAACUUCCCUGGGUGCCUCCCGGAUCCGGCCUCCACUUCUACUCCUCCCUGUACAACGCAGAAGCUUCCUCCUGGGUGAGCCUGGUCUUGUGGUGCCUGCUGUUGGCGUUGCAGCUGCUGCAGUGGAAGUGGGAAGCCCCCCCAUACCGGCCACUGGAGCGCGGGGACCCGGAGUGGAGCUCGGAAACCGACGCCCUGUUUGGGGCCCGCCCGGCCCGGCCCUGAAGGAGCCUGGCGUGGGAGCCUGCUAGCCAAAGAACCGAUGCCCGGGUGCCCUGAGCCUGGCUCUGCCGCCACUGGGGAGAGAUGCCAGCCGUCCUUGUAGUGGAAGUGGGCAGCCUUUCGUCUUAGGGGACCCUUCCCCCAAUGAAAACAGGGAUCGCUGGGC